UGGCAGUGUUGGAAAACGAGCGCAGCUCUAACGUAUGUUUUGCGGUUUGGAUGUGCACGUUGUUUUGUAAAUUCAUUACAUAAAUUCCGAACCAGUGCAUCCGAGAUGUACGCCCUGCUCCGCCGCUUCGCCGGGGUGACCAGUCCCCUCAGAGGCUACGCCUCCUUCACGCCCAGGGAUGUGUUGCGAACCACCGCCGAGGAGACCGGCACCCUGAUCACCCGCUUCGCCAAGCACAUUGCGCUGGAGCGGCACAGGGAUCGGGAGCACGUGCUGCCCAAGACGACGGUGCGGUACGCCGACUUCUUUCCCAUCACGGACGACCGGUACUUCCAGCGGACCGUGCAGAAGACGGAUCCCGCCCAGCUGCCAGCCCUGAUCAUCCAGGCCUCCAGUUAUCGCUCCAAUGCCACCGUGCCCAUGUAUGUGGCCGCCAUAAACGGAUUGGAUGACCAUGCGGCCAAGCAGCUGGCCAAGAUGGACACCAGUACCGUUCUGGAGACGCUCUACUCCUUUCUGUUCCUCAUUCCCGGCUGGUUGAAGCGGACGGACUUCUAUCAGGCGGCCAUGCAGCGUUUGGUUUUGGAGGACUUCCGGGACAACAAGGAGCGCUUCGUCCAGGUGUGCUUCUACCUGGGGCUGCAGAAGAAGCAGGCCAAGGCGUCUGAUGACUUCCAGCGGCUCCUCGAGGAGCAGCUAGCCAACCAUUUGCCCGCCUUGAGUGAACUGGAUCUCGCUGUGAUCAGCAAUGCGGCCUACAAAACCUCCACUUUAAUUACGGGCGAGGCAAGAGGUGCCUAUGAAUCCUGCCUGAUUAAUGCUGUAUUAAAUUUACAACUUACCAAUGGAAAUGACGCCCUGUUGGUGUCCUUUGUGAAGGCCUUGCGGUUGCAGCGGGUUAAGGACGAGCGUGUGUGUCAGCAUCUGCAGGAUAUCUGCCUGGAUCCCGUGAAGUUAGCCCUAAUUGAGCCCCGCGGAUUGGCCCACAUCUUCGCCUUCUUUGCCGAACAGCUCUGGGAUAAGAAGGAGUGCUUAAACAUCGUUGUAGAUCGAUUGAUGACCCUGUUAAAACCUGGAGACCUGCGCGCCAAGGACUUGGCCACAUUCCUGUGGGCCAGCGCCCAAUUGAAUUGUGAACUAUCUCCACAGCAAGUCCGUCAACUCGAGCUGGCUGCCCUUCGCAAAUUGGAUCACGGGGAGUACGACUACUUCCAGGACAACCUUGUUGACACCUGCCUCUCUCUUUGCACCUUGGGACACUACUCAAAGGAUCUGAUUAAUGCAGCCGAGGAACUGAAAGCUGCCCAACGACGCCAGCGAGCCCAGCCCAAGGUGGAUAGUCGCUUGAAUGUCCUGCGAUCUGCUGUGGCCAUCGAGCAGCCGUCAAUUGGGAAACUUAAAACAGAACAGGCCUUCAAAGAGUUCGAUCGUGCACCAACUUAUUUGCUGAGGGAUCGCCCUGACUUGACAAAAUAUGCCCAGGAGUUAAGUGAGGAUGCCGAUGUGGAGGGCGUGGAUUUGGUGUGUCCCAUCGUUGGAAUCAAUCUGCCAAGCUUGCGAGUGCAGACAAUGGGCAACCAGGAGAGUGUGUACUUUGUAGAACUACUCACCGCGGAACAAACUCUCAGGUUCAGCAAGAAACCCACUUCUUUGAUGCGCCUGAAGAAGAGGCUGUUGGAAUCGCUUGGCCAAAAAGUAGUCGUUCUCAACUCCACAGAAAUGGCUACAAAUGCUAGUGAACUGCAUCAGCUCCUUAAACCACCAGCAGAUAAACAAGUAGAAACCGAGGUUGCCCAAGGCCUGAGCAACUAAACUUUGUGA